GCUGCGCCAGACACAGCCAGACGCGCACGCAGCAUGAAGACGUCGAGGCCGCUGCUGCUGCUCCUGUUGGCGGCGCUGUCCGGAUGGAGCGGCCGUGCUGGGGCAUCGCCCGCCGGGGAGGUGGGCCUUCCCUCAAACAACCUGCUGCUGGGGCCGACCUUCGACGCCCGCCUCGCCUACGGAGGGAAACUGCUGGCUCCGGACAAGGAGCGUGCCGACCAGGGCUACGUGUACGAAAAGCCGCCGCAACCGUUCACCUACCCCACCAGAGGGACAACCACCACCACCACCACCAGACCCUUCACCUACACUACUAGGAAACCAGUCUCUUAUCUUCCCCCUGUAACCACUACCACAGCUAGACCCUUCACCUACACCACACCGAAACCAGUCUCUUACGUUCCCCCCUCGACUACCACCACCGCUAGGCCCUUCACCUAUACCACUCCGAAACCAGUCUCUUAUCUUCCCCCUACAACCACUACCACCGCUAGGCCCUUCACCUAUACCACUCCAAAACCAGUCUCUUAUCUUCCCCCUACAACCACUACCACAGCUAGGCCCUUCACCUAUACCACUCGAAAACCAGUCUCUUAUCUUCCCCCUACAACUACCACCACAGCUAGGCCCUUCACCUACACCCCACCCACCACAACUGCGAGACCCUACACAUAUACAUUCGCUACAUCCACUCCUAAACCAGUCACUUACCUCCCUCCCACAACAACUGUGAGACCCUAUACUUACACAUCCCCUACGACCACUUUCAAACCAGUCUCCUACCUCCCUCCUGUAACAACUGUCAGGCCAGUUACUUAUACAUAUUCGACUACUACUGCCAAACCCUUUACUUACACCUAUCCUACGACAACUCGCAAACCCUAUUCCACAACCACAGCUCGACCUUCUACUUAUACAACGAGACCAACUUAUGCUACAACUGGUUAUACGACGCAGUCGCCGAGGGUAACGUUUACGUACCCCACGAGGCCGCCGACUACCACUCAGAGGCCCUACACGUUCACCACUACAACGAGGCGCCCGACGUUCACGACUCCGAGGCCGACGCCGCCGCCCACUACAGUUAGAACGGCACCUCCUGUCACUGGAUACAAGUACCCGUCUCCAACCGUCACUUUCACGUAUCCCACCAGACAGCCAACCACCAGUGCGAGACCCUUCACCUACACAACCACCAGCAAGCCCAUUACCUACACCUACAGCACUACUACAGCUAAGCCCUUCACAUACACCUAUCCAACUACCACUUUGAGACCAUACACAUACAGCACCGUCAGAACAACCGGUUACCCCACUGUAUCUCCAAGUGUUACAUUCACCUACCCAACGAGACGUACAACCACCAGUGUCAGACCAUAUACGUUCACUACAACGACCAGGAGACCGACUUUCACCACUCCAAGACCCACAUAUUCGACAACAACACUGAGGCCUUUCACUGUUACAACUCGACAGCCAACAUUCAGCACCUAUAGACCCUCUCAGUCUACAACAGUCUUCACUGGCUACCAGAAGGAAUCACCUAGUAGGCCCUUCACGUACCCAACAACACAGAGACCUUUUACAUAUAGUACCACAACAGCGAGACCAACAUUCAUCACAACAACCACAAGGAGACCAACAACAACAUUCCGACCUACAUUCAUCACGACAACCACAAGGAGGCCAACAACAACAUUCCGACCUACGACAAUCUACACUACGAGACUGCCAACCACUACUCUCCGGCCGUACACAUUCAGUACGACGACGCAAAGGCCAACGUUUCCGACUCAGGCAACCCCCAAAAUAACUGGGUAUCCCAAGGAAACACCCAGCAGACCUUUCACAUACCCUUCAAGACUCCCAACGACAACCACACCUCGGCCUUACACGUACACCACUACAACUACUUUACGACCAGUCACUUUUACCACAACCUCUCCAAGGCCGACUUAUACAACACCAAGGCCGACAUUUACAACACCACGCCCCACGUACAGUACCCCUAGGUACACGUACACCACUCCGAGACCGACAUAUACGACUCCGAGGCCGACAUAUACGACUCCGAGGCCCACAUACACAACUCCUCGGCCAGUGACGUAUCCCAGCACGCAGACAAUCUUCACUGGCUAUCCAAAAGAAUCACCUAGCAUCCCGUUCACUUACCCGACACCAGGAGCGCCUGCAGGAGACGCGAGGAAGAGUGCAGGACAACCUUUCUCAUACCCAGCACUCUUUCCGGGAGCAGAUUUUGACCUGCGCCUCUUGAAGAAGAGGUCUGCUCCCGUGAUUACAGGAGAGCUGCAGAGAAAGGAACGAGCCGACGAUGGAAAGUACCGGCCGGAGAAGCACGGCGGCGGCCGCUACGUGGACGACCCCCGGCGCUGGGAGCUGCGCGAGUCCGUGCCCGGCGAGCCCGGCACAGACUACCCCGUCUACAGCACCAUCCCGAGCACCGCCUUCUCCUGCCAGGGGCGCUCCGAAGGGUACCAUGCCGACCCGGAGACGCGCUGCCAGGUGUUCCACGUGUGUGCGGGUCCGUCGCCGGUGCCCAAGUCGUCAGCGCUGUGCCCCAACGGGUCGGUGUUCAACCAGGACAUCGGCACCUGCGACUGGUGGAACAACGUCGACUGCCCAGGCUCCGCCGUCUUCCGCGCUGGCAGCCCGCACCUGCCCAUACCGGAGUACUCGGGCAACCUCGUCCUGCCGCAGGUGGACGUCGUUUAA